AUGUACGGCGACGAGUUUUAUACAUCCCUCGCCUGGUCCUUCCCACCACUGCAAGCGAUCCACGACCCGGGCCGAAUAACACCUCCCUCCCUCAAUGAGUACAAAGGGGACGAGGGUUGCGAUUCUCGGCAUUUGCACGCAACAUUGUACAGUACAUGCAUUAGAAUGCUCAUGCUUGCAACUUUCGCCCGAUCAGCCUCUACCACGCCAACACUCUUUAAGAUUCGCCCACAAGCAAACGAGGAAAGAAAGCAGGAGCCAUUCGGUAGCGGCUUAAAGACCAUAUGGGGUGUCAUAAGAGCAAAAAGAAACUUCCCCCGAACCAGAAUCGAACUGGUGACUUUUCGGUUACAACUUCCAUUACAGCCGAACGCCAUGAACCAACUAGACCAUCGGGGGUUUGUUGAUCUAGCGGCCGAAAGUAAUGAGUCAUUGCCCAUGCACGUGCUUCCGGCUUACAAAAGAUCCCCCGAACCAGAAUCGAACUGGUGA